UGCGCUGCGGAAAUUGGCGCAGGCAUUAAGCGAAUGGCAAUGUCGGACAAAUGUUGCGUGUGUUGUGUGGUUGUCUGUCAAGGCCAAGGACGUUGCAUGUCAUUCACUAGUUCGCUGCAGGGCGCUCACGCUACAUUCACACACACAGAGAACGAGAAAGAGAGAACUCAGCGCGCCGACGCUUUUUUUCAUCCACUCGACGCUUUUGUUAUUCACGCCAAAUCCAUUCACUCAGUACGAUAGAAGCUGUCUGUCCGUACACUAGUCAGCGCUUGAUUUUACCUGGAAUUUGAUUUUUUGUUGCUGCGCUGUGAUAUCCCGUUAAAUUUCGCACAAACAAAAUGUCGACAGCCGUUCAGCCACCACCACCAGUACCACCACCGCCACCACCUUCAUCAGCUGCUGCUGCCGCUGGGAAGGGCAUCCAUACGAAGCUCUACAAUGGCAUGAUUGGAGCUUGUGACAAAUUUGUGCCCGCCAAGAUGAGACCGCUUUGGAUGCAUCCAGCAGGUCCCAAAACGAUUUUCUUCUGGGCACCUAUCUUCAAAUGGGGUCUCGUCGCAGCUGGACUCAGUGAUUUGGCGCGUCCGGCGGACACAAUUUCCAUGUCGAGCUGCAGUGCAUUAGCAGCGACGGGCAUAAUUUGGUCUCGUUACUCUCUUGUCAUUAUACCCAAGAAUUACAGUUUGUUCGCCGUUAAUCUAUUUGUGGGCUUGACACAAUUAGUGCAACUGGGCCGUGCUUACAACUAUUAUUUGGAUCAGGAGAAGCUGAAGAAGAAACAGGAAGAGAAGCCAGCGGUGACGCAAUGAGCAACUGCACCAUGUACAAUGCACAAUGCCCAAUCCUUGGAUGGGCAACCCAACAACCCAGCAGACGCAUAUCAAACCACAUUGCGUUUUAGUUUAAAUUGUGUUAUUUUAGUUUAAGCGACUGACCAUUUUGCUCUAUUUGAGUGGUGAACUGUUGCCUUACAAAACGUGAUUCGUAUUGCUUAAGUUGUAAAUGUUGGAGGCUUCGCGUAUGUUUUAAUUACACGUAGCAUUAAUAGACUUUUGUGAUUUUGUCGUCAACAAAAAAAAGCGAAGAAAAAUAAACAAACAUUCUUUAGUCUAAA